AUGGCUGACGAAGACAUUCAGAUGUCUGUUGCAGCAGUUACUCCGACCAUCGCUGGAGUGACUUGCGAAUCAGAAGAUGUCAAGAAUCAGCUGUUGGCUUCCAUGGAGCAGGCCCUGCAUCACUUUGGUGGCCCGAGCCAGUACUUGACCAAGGUGCUGGAGACCAAAGAAUCUUACCAGGAUUUCGUGACUUGGUUGUGGGACGAAUUCCCAGAGGCAGAAGAUGCAGUCUUUAGCUACCAAGCAGCUUUGCCAACUGUGACGGAAGAAGAGGUGUCGCACAGCCUUCCUUUGAUAGUCCAUGUGAGUGCCUUGGGUUUCACUCAGGACUGCACCCUCAAGCCACCGUGUGGAUCAGAGUUGGCUUUGCGUAUGGCAGAGCUAUACCUAGUGGAAGGCUUUGUGACAGGCGACCAACCUCUAUAUGCUAUGCAGCAUCCUUCUGACGUGUGCCUCUUUGAUGAUGUUGCACCGCCAUGGUGCUAUGGCCGACCCGACAAGGUGCUGAAAGCCUUCAAUCUCAGUUACCUCAAAGGUUUUGGCCGAUCCACAACACUGCUGAUGCUCUUACACUGUGUGAGAGUUUCCGGUGUGAAAUUGGCUGAGCAGCUUCCGCAUUUACAUGGGUCAGUCCGGAAAAUUUACUUGCAUUGCAUUCAUCAAAGCUCCCGAGUGGAGGAAGCCCUCGCCAACAUGAAGAUAUCAGCGAGGCACUCCAUUCGGACGGCUCACAACACCGUACAAUCGGUGUUUGUCAUCCGGAAUUUGAUGCGGGUUGGUGGAUUGCAGGACUGGUCUUUGUUUGUGAGGCAAUGGAACAGCAUGUCUGCGAAAUCCUUUCAGAUCGCGGGUCGCCGGCACACUGCUCUGAAACUUCUCUUCGAGGAUGUCCUCGACGCAAUUUUGAAGCAUGUCCAGACGGUUUCGUGGGAUCUUUGUGCGUGGUCGGAUGAUUCUUUGGCAUCCAAGAAACUGUAUCCAAACUGGAGUUUUCCGGCCAAAGGGCAGUGGCAGAGUCGGUUGAGGACAACCGAAAAGUCCAUGAGCCUGUGCAUCUCCCAUCUACAAAACAGCCGGGUUCAGAAAUUGAAGGUUGGCCAGCCAAAAAAGGCAGAUGUGGACCAGGUGGAAGCAGUUUCUAUGCGAGCAGCAGCUUGCUGGCAUUUGGGGCAGGAGCUACUGACAACCGUUCCUGUCUGUGCUGCAAAGUUGAAAGAAAAUUGGUAUGACAAUUUUGCCAAUGGAGAGGGCCCAGUGAAUGAUGAGCUUCAGGCGGUUUUGCUUGAUAAGCGGGCUUCUUUCAACGUUCGCACCGACAUCCCGACGCUGCAGCGCUUGGCUGAUGAACUGUCUUUUUCAAAGCCUGUCGGCGCCACACCGGAAGCCGAGUUGACCAUUGUGGUGGAUCGGUUCAACCUGCUUAUCAAGCAGCUCAACUAUGAUGUCACCGUGUGGCAAACUUGGCGCAGCAAGUAUGCAUCACUGAAGGUUGCGGCUGAAGCAGCCAAAUAUCAGUGGCGCUUGGACCGCAGGAAGCGGUGCCAAGAAGCAGCGAGGCAUUUCAUCAAAUCGAGCAUGGCCUUCAGUGUCUGGGAGAAGAAGAAGACCGAAAUGGCCAUCGCAGAUGUGAUGAAUCUCAAGAGGGCUCUGGCAGCCCGCACAGGUGCAAAGCUGGAAGACAUUUCGUACGUGCUGUGGUUCAAUGCAUCAGCGCCUUGUUUGAUUCCAACAGCUGUGAUGAGCCAGCAGGUGGGACUCAUGUCCUGGGCACUGUCGGACCAAAUGCGCAGUGUUGGUCUGAUGAUGAUGCCAAUUUUUUCACACCACCGUGGAAAGUUGUGCAUCGACGAGCGCGCCAUCCUCGAGAAGAUUUUCACAGCAGGAAACCAUAAUUGUGAUUGGAGCUACCAUGUUAUGUUCAAGGAGAAAACGGAUGCGCGUGACAUUCGACCCAUGGUGUAUAGUGGCAAGUUCAUCUUUGCAAGUCCUCUUGACUUGCAGCAGUGA